ACAGUCCCUUUACAGAAAAAAGGUUACAGGAUAAUCCUUCUCCUAUAAAUAUCGAUACCAAGCAAGUAACAAGACCAAGUUCUACGAAUAAAGCUCAAGGCAACCAGAAAAUUCUAACACUUCAAGAAUUUUUAAAAGAUUCAAAUUUAGAAAAAAUUGAUAAUCAGCAUAUUUAUUAUCAUUAUUGUGACACUGGACAACCUAUUACUUUACAUCAAAUUGAUAAUAGUUAUCGAUUAUGGCAGCAUCUUGAAACAA